AUGUCCAAUCCGCGCAUCCCCAAUGCGCUCCCGAUUGAGAUCGGGCUGUUGGACGUGUCGCCUGCGACACGUCAAAUGCGACGCAGCGUCGCCAAUCUAGCUGCGCAGACUCGUAGUCUGGAGACGGCCAACGGAAGGUCCGCCACCGCAGACGGGUCGUUGUCCCAAGCAGAAACUGGCAAGGAGGACACCACAUUACAGAAGGAGGCUGGUGUCAUCACCCCUUAUUUUCUGUUACCAGAUGAUCCUCUCUUCGUUGACUUCCCUUUCUCAGAUGAUCUAGCCGCGUUCCUUGGCCCAGUACCAGAGUCGGAGGACAGCACCAGGAAACACUUUGCGCCAUCUUAUGAGGAGUCCGAGCUGCUCAUGUACUACCUCGAUCGCAUUUUCCCCAUGCAGUACACUCAUUACUCAAAUCGAAAAUGGGGUCGGGGCUGGCUGUUUUGGUUAUUGAACAAGAACGGGCCUUUGUACAAGGCUGCGUUGAGCCUCGCUGCGUUGCAUAAGCACUCACUGAUUUGUGCUGUCAACGAAGAUUUGAGGCACAGCGAUGUGCUACUAGAGUAUCAUACCAGCGCCCUCAGAGGCCUGCAGGAUUUCAUUGGACAGCCUCAGGGUUACGCCAUCUUUAAGGAUGACGAGGACUUCAUCGAGGUGAUCGCUUGCGGAUCGGCGCUGAUCAGCUUUGAGGUCUUUCGAGGCGGUAAGGGCGACUGGCAGCCGCACUUGCAAGCAACAACAGCCAUUAUGAAGACGAUGAACCUCUCUCGGCUGGUAUUCCAUGCCUCUGGCCGGAUAGAGUCGUUUGUGUCAAGCUCGGCUAAGGAACGGCGGGGCAUCGAUGCUGCGCUAUCCUUCCACGCGCCCGUACUUUUAUGGAUGGACCUACUGGCUUGCGCUUCGACUGGCAACGUCCCAUUCCUCCCCUAUGAGACGUGGCUACAGAUGGAAGGAUUCGACAUGACCAAGAUUAUGGGUUGUCAGAACUGGGUCAUGAAAGCUAUUGGUGAUUUGGCCGUGCUCGAGGAGCGAAAGGUCAGCCUCGAAGGUCAGACGGAGGACGCGUUAUUGGUCUGGAUGGGCCGGGCCAGGAAGAUCGGGACGAGUUGA